UGGUGUACGACGAGCUGUUGUGUCCAGAAUGGUGUGGUGUAUGACGAGCUGUUGUGUCCAGAAUGGUGUGGUGUACGACGAGCCGUUGUGUCCAGAAUAGUGUGGUGUCCGACAAGCUGUUGUGUCCAGAAUAGUGUGGUGUACGACAAGCCGUUGUGUCCAGAAUGGUGUGGUGUACGACGAGCUGUUGUGUCCAGAAUGGUGUGGUGUACGACGAGCCGUUGUGUCCAGAAUGGUGUGGUGUGCGACGAGCCGUUGUGUCCAGAAUGGUGUGGUGUUCGACGAAGUGUGGUGUCCAGAAUGGUGCGAUGUACGACGAGCUGUUAUGUCCAGAAUGGUGUUGUGUACGACGAAGUGUGGUGUACGACGAGCUGUUGUGUCCAGAAUAGUGUGGUGUACGACGAGCUGUUGUGUCCAGAAUGGUGUGGUGUACGACGAGCCGUUGUGUCCAGAAUAGUGUUGUGUUCGACAAGCUGUUGUGUCCAGAAUAGUGUGGUGUACGACAAGCCGUUGUGUCCAGAAUGGUGUGGUGUACGACGAGCCUGUGGUGUACGACAAGCUGUUGUGUCCAGAAUAGUGUGGUGUACGACGAGCUGUUGUGUCCAGAAUGGUGUGGUGUAUGACGAGCUGUUGUGUCCAGAAUGGUGUGGUGUACGACGAGCCGUUGUGUCCAGAAUAGUGUGGUGUCCGACAAGCUGUUGUGUCCAGAAUAGUGUGGUGUACGACAAGCCGUUGUGUCCAGAAUGGUGUGGUGUACGACGAGCUGUUGUGUCCAGAAUGGUGUGGUGUACGACGAGCCGUUGUGUCCAGAAUGGUGUGGUGUGCGACGAGCCGUUGUGUCCAGAAUGGUGUGGUGUUCGACGAAGUGUGGUGUCCAGAAUGGUGCGAUGUACGACGAGCUGUUAUGUCCAGAAUGGUGUUGUGUACGACGAAGUGUGGUGUACGACGAGCUGUUGUGUCCAGAAUAGUGUGGUGUACGACGAGCUGUUGUGUCCAGAAUGGUGUGGUGUACGACGAGCCGUUGUGUCCAGAAUAGUGUGGUGUUCGACAAGCUGUUGUGUCCAGAAUAGUGUGGUGUACGACAAGCCGUUGUGUCCAGAAUGGUGUGGUGUACGACGAGCCGUUGUGUCCAGAAUGGUG